UGCACCCACGCUUCUUCCCCUUUACAACAAGUUCUUAUUAGCUGCCGAAUUGAAAGAAAACCCCAGUCACAAUCUCAAGGCAGAAGUCCAGUAAAGACCAUCACAUCGGAGCAGACUCCCUCCUAACAGCUCUCAUACAGGACUGCAGCAGGACUUUAAACAUUUGUUCAGGAUGAACAGAAAUCCACAGGAGGAAAUUGAGGGAAUCGAGGAGGAAGCAGAAGCUGUCUAUGUUACUCUGCCAGCAUGCACUGUGGAGAAAGUGGCAGCUCCUCCAGACCAGAGGUUUCUCUGCUUCUCUCAGUAUUUUCUACCGAUAGCAGUGUGUUGGCUGAUACUGUUGGUCAUCAUGGGCCUCCGUAUAUACUUUGCUACAUUAGGUCAGGAGAGUGCUGUUAGUGAGCUGAUGGCAGCCAAUCGCAACCUGACAAACCUCAACGACAAACUCAGUGUCUUAGAAAACCAGAUCACAAACCUGACUGCAGUAAACCAGGAGCUGGAGACGGAGAGGAACAACUUAAGAGGACCAAUACAAAACAUCAGUCGAGCUCAGUGCAGCAUCGAUGAAUACGGCCCCAACGUAAAUAACGUUUCAGAGAGACAGUGUAGACCUUGUCAGAAGGGCUGGGAACUCAUCAAUUCCUGCUGCUAUCUGAUUAAUGGUCCUCCUGAAGAGAAAACCUGGGAAGAAGCUCGAGAACACUGCAGAGCACGGAGCUCAGAUUUGGUUGUUAUACAAACUCAAGAUGAACAGAAUGUACUCCGUCGUUACAGCCGGAACAGAUCCUGGAUUGGUCUGAGGGCUGAAGGAGGGAGAUGGAAGUGGAUCGAUGGAAGUGAUCUGACUCAAAGUGUCAGCUACUGGAUAGAUGAACCAUCAUCUGCUGCUGACGGUCAGUGUGCAGUUACUACAUAUCUUUUCAGAUGGAGAUCAGCGAGCUGUGCUGAGAGAAACGGAUGGAUCUGCAAAAAGAAGGCUUUAUCUGUUUAAACACUGCAGUCAGACUUGAGAAGGUUACUGGAUACUCUGCAUGAUAAUAUCAACUGGCUUCAUUAAUAUCAAACUGGGAAGACUUCUACGUCACAAUUAAAAAUGUUUCAUAUAUAGGCAUGUUAUUUAGUUUACUGUAUAAAAAAGAGAAAAUAUUUACAAUUACUUCCAAAGCUGUGUGUGGAUGUGUGUGUGUGUGUAUAGAUAUUGGAUUAUAUAGGUAUGCUACUAAACUGUUAACUAUUAAUAACUGUUAAUGUGCUUUUGUUCUCCUUUGUUAGAGAUGUGAUGUUUAUAAUUUGUAUAUCAGCAGAUUGAUGAGAGAUACAGACAGACUGCUCAGCUUCCUGUUUCCUGUGUGACAGGUUAUAUUGUUGCUACUCAUGAGCCAAAAUGGAGGCACAGCAUCACUUGUUUUUUCUUCAGCAUUUAAUGUAAAUCAUAUUAAUAUGUAGAGUGUUUCAUCUAUGUAGAA